AUGACGUCAUCAGAGCGCGUCGCGCGGGGAGAGGGAAGGGCGGGGGGAGGCGAGGUGCGCGGGCCGGGCCCUCUCCCCGCGGCGGUGCCGGGCGCCAUGGCCCCCCCCAAGGACAUCAUGACCAACUCGCACGCCAAGUCCAUCCUCAACGCCAUGAACGCCCUGCGGAAGAGCAACACGCUCUGCGACGUCACCCUCCGCGUGGAGCACAAGGACUUCCCGGCCCACCGCAUCGUCCUGGCCGCCUGCAGCGACUACUUCUGCGCCAUGUUCACCAGCGAGCUCUCAGAGAAAGAUAAACCCUAUGUAGAUAUCCAGGGACUGACAGCCUCCACCAUGGAAAUCCUGCUAGACUUUGUAUAUACAGAAACUGUUCACGUGACAGUAGAAAACGUCCAAGAAUUGCUCCCAGCGGCGUGUCUGCUUCAGCUGAAAGGUGUGAAACAAGCUUGCUGUGAGUUUCUAGAAAGCCAGCUGGAUCCAUCAAAUUGUUUGGGCAUUCGGGAUUUUGCUGAGACACACAAUUGUGUUGAUCUAAUGCAAGCUGCAGAGGUCUUCAGCCAGAAACAUUUUCCAGAGGUGGUUCAGCAUGAAGAGUUUAUCCUCUUAAAUCAAGAAGAGGUUGAAAAGCUCAUCAAGUGUGAUGAAAUUCAGGUGGACUCUGAAGAGCCAGUUUUUGAGGCAGUUAUAAACUGGGUGAAGCACUCGAAAAAAGAACGGGAAGCAUCGCUGCCAGAACUGCUGCAGUACGUGCGCAUGCCGCUCCUCACCCCCCGCUACAUCACGGACGUCAUCGACACCGAGCCUUUUAUUCGAUGCAGUCUGCAGUGCAGAGACCUCGUAGAUGAAGCGAAGAAAUUUCAUCUUCGGCCCGAGCUCCGGAGUCAGAUGCAAGGACCCAGGACAAGAGCACGUCUAGGAGCGAAUGAAGUCCUGCUUGUGAUCGGCGGCUUUGGCAGCCAGCAGUCGCCUAUUGAUGUUGUGGAGAAAUACGACCCGAAAACUCAGGAGUGGAGUUUCUUGCCAAGCAUCACCCGUAAGAGGCGCUACGUUGCUACAGUGUCCCUGCACGACCGGAUCUAUGUGAUCGGGGGGUACGACGGUCGCUCUCGUCUCAGCUCGGUGGAGUGCUUGGAUUAUACGUCAGACGAGGAUGGUAUCUGGUACUCCGUGGCGCCAAUGAACGUACGGCGAGGCCUGGCAGGAGCCACGACCCUCGGAGACAUGAUCUAUGUUUCCGGUGGGUUUGAUGGAAGCCGACGUCACACCAGUAUGGAACGAUACGACCCGAACAUUGAUCAGUGGAGUAUGCUGGGAGACAUGCAGACGGCACGGGAAGGAGCAGGGCUCGUUGUAGCUAAUGGAGUUAUCUACUGCCUCGGUGGCUACGAUGGGCUGAACAUACUGAAUUCUGUAGAGAGGUAUGAUCCCCACACUGGACACUGGACAAAUGUCACCCCAAUGGCCACUAAGCGCUCAGGGGCUGGAGUGGCUCUGCUGAACGACCAUAUCUACGUAGUUGGUGGGUUCGAUGGGACGGCACAUCUCUCCUCUGUGGAAGCCUAUAAUAUACGCACUGAUUCCUGGACAACUGUAACAAGCAUGACAACCCCCCGCUGCUACGUGGGCGCCACCGUGCUGCGGGGAAGGCUGUACGCGAUCGCUGGAUACGAUGGCAACUCACUGCUGAGCAGCAUUGAAUGCUACGAUCCCAUCAUUGACAACUGGGAAGUGGUAACCUCCCUGGGGAUGCAGCGCUGUGACGCUGGAGUCUGCGUCCUGCGGGAGAAGUGAUCUGGAGGGAACUUACAAAGAACACCCUAAAAAGUCUCAGCCAGAGGAAGAGUCCCAAGUGAUUUGCAGUGACUGUUCUUGAGAGUUGUGGAUGCUGUGGAAAUAGGCACCAGGACAGCAGCUUUCUGUGCUGCUUUUGACUAGAGUACGUGCGUAAAUGUGUUAUCUCAGCAGUCAUUUGAAAUCGGGGGCUCCGUGUGAAGCUGGAGGAAGGUGGUGAAGUGAGAAGGUGCGUUCUCUGCUGUUCCUGUGGCUGAGUCUGUCGGCAGAGCAGAGAUGCCCCCAGCCUUGGCGUCAGCCAGCCUGGUGAGUGCUUCCAAGGACGUGUACAUACAACUGGGUGGUCUCUUCAGCCACUGCAGGACCACACAGGUCCUCUGGUUGCUCUCGGCCACGUGGAUGUGUGAGGGUGAAUCCAGCUGCUCUUAUGUCCCAGCUUCAAAUCAUCUUGUACAUACUGAAUGUUCAAACAUGCUCCUCAAGCGCACGUCAGUGCAGAGCCAGACCGAGGGAGCAUGCGGAAGGGGGUCCUGCACCGACGCUGCGUCUGCCGGUUCCUCACAGGUCUGCACACGAAAGGAGUCGCAGAUUCAAGCUGUCAACUACUGAGACCCAAAAGCCUGAGGCUGCAGGGGGUGGGGGGAAAGCGUAUUGCCUGGUUUAGAAGCAAGUCUGCAGCAUUUGUGCUCUCACCAGGGGG